UUGCCUCAAUUCAGUUCGAGUUUGAAUUCAAAAAAUGCGCUAUCUAGUUUUUGUUCACUGUAGAAGCGACACCUUCAAGUGUUUGUGAAAAUGCCAGACAAAAACUCUUAUGUAGACAGUCAAUUCCUCACCCCACGAAGGUCACCCAGGUUCCUCCCACAACUAAACCACACCACUGCCAACCACAAAUAUGCCACCGUUUCCGUAAAGAAACCCAAUGAUUCUACACUGCGGUGGAAAAUAUCUCGGAGGCUUAAUAAUGGGGACGUUGAGUUUUCAUCUCUUCGACGAUCUCCCAGGUUCAACAACGAGCCAAGCGAUAAGAAAGUGAAAGGCACGAGGGUGAAGGGCAGUGAAGCUGAAACGAAUGAAAAGUGUGUCGUUUUGGAUGAGGGGUUUGGUGGAGGAAGAAAGAGAGAGAGAAAGGAGAAGAGGGAUGAAAUUAAAACGCACGAUAGUCAUGGCGUUUCGGAUGAAGGGUGUCGUCAACGAAGGAAGAAGGAGAGAAACAGGGGCAGUAGGGAUGGAGUUAACACCCAAGGAAAUCGUGUCAUUUCGGAUGAAGGGACUGGUGGGGGAAAAAAGAAGGGGGUAAAAGGGAAGAGGGUUGGAGUUGAAACGGUCAGAAAUGGUGUCGUUUCGGAUGAGAGUGCUGGUGGGGGAAGAAAGAAGGCUGGAAAUAGAGAGAUCGUUGGAGUUAAAACAGAAGAAAAUCGUGUUGUUUGUNANGAGGGUUUUGGNGNAGAAANAANGAAGNGGNGAAAUGGAGANAAGAGAAAGCNCAAUNNNGAUGAAACAAGGAAAGGAUGGACGAAGGAACAAGACUUGGCUCUUCAAAGAGCAUAUUUUACUGCAAAGCCUAGCCCCCAUUUCUGGAAGAACGUUUCCAAACUGGUGCCUGGAAAGUCUCAACAGGAAUGCUUUGAUAGAAUUCACAUUGACCAUGUGACUCCAGUUCAAUUGCAGCCUCGAUCAAGGGCAAAGACAUUAAAAUCAUCACCCAUNCNGGAANUUUCUUUAUCUGCAAGUAAACUUCUCAACCCUAUUGAGAUAAAAGUUAGAAGAUCUAAUGUUCUAAAACCAAAAAACAUUAUUACCCAGAAGUCUGUUGAGAAGCAGUUACAGCGCAGGCUUGCAGGUGAUCUAGACCGUGCAGGGGACAUAUUUUCCGUUCUUGAACCAAACAUAGAUUUGUCCACUAAUGCUUUACAGCCUAGUGAAUCCCUUUCUACUCCAAAGAAGCUAAAGGAAAACAAAGGGUUCCUGCAAAGUUGCACUGAAACAUCAUCUUCAAGUGGUAAUAAGGUACUUUCAAGAUUUAGUGGCUCGCACAAUACAGAUCUUGUUAGUCCACCGGUACUAAAGAAAGUAAAGAACAGGGUAUUGCAUGAGAAAUAUGUCAACCAAUUGCGCUGUAGGGAAUCUAGGAGAAGAGCAGCCUCUAAGAAAAUAAUUGGUGAAGGAAGAAGCAUAAAGAGAAAGGAUGCAGUUAGAGCUGCAAAAGUUGCCUUGGUUUCUGAAGCUAGAGAUGCUAUCAACAAAUUUCGACAAUCGCAAGUCAAUGUCAUGGACAACGAAUGUAGUUCUGAUGAAGUUAACGAUGAUGACAUUCAAUAUGAAGAUGAAAGUCAAUAGGGUUUAGGGUUUAGGGUUAGUAUAAUUGCCUUCCAAGCAAUAGAUCCGGGUUCGACUCCCGGCUGACGCAUUCUUCUUUUGUUUUUAUAGUAAGUUCCUUUUUACCGUUUAAUGUUGAUUGAUCCUUGAAGAUGAGCUUUAAUGCAAUGUUGAAUUUUGUCAUCAUCUAGUUAGAACUCAUUUCAUCUGUCAUUGAAAAGGGAUGAUUUUAUGGGACUUUUUCAGGGAUGCAACAUGCCAAGUUCUAUAAUGGGUUACCUUUAUAUAUUGAGCGAAAUCAAACAAGAACAAUGAACUGUAACUUAACCGUGAAAAACAAGUCUGAAUCCCAUUUCAUCUGUAAUUAAGUAUAGAAGAUCUCACAAUGAUUUUAUCUUUAUUAGUAUCACUGUAAAAAGUGAACGAAGCUAUAUUUCUUGUCAUGCCAGUGCCGUCUGUUUCCACCAGCUUUAUGUGACUUACUAUUUAGUUUUUUUGAGGUAAAAUGAAGAGUAAUUUUUCUGAGUCACAAAUGGUAGCUCAUUAUUGUUGUUGUACUUUGGAAAUUAGAAAUUCUCAAGUUAUCUUGCGUUAGCAGUAAGUUUAGUUCUUCAAAUCAAGCUGAAACUUUCCCUAUCUGGAACUAAAGAGAAUCGUAUUGAUUUCAACAGUAAUGUCUAAUAAUGGAGCUUAUAUAUACCACGUCCUGAAAUUAUUGAGAAAUGAUAAAGCAACUUGCCAGAUUUUAAAUCCUUUUAUAAGUGGUUGUUAUCUAAUUCACUUAGCUACCUUACUUCUCAUAA